AGCUGCAUGGUAAUGAUUUACCAUCAGUGUGUCGGUGCAUGUGUGCACUGCAGGACACGUUUCCUGCCUCCUCCCGUUGUGCAGUGAGACCCGGGGUGUAGAGGAUGUGCGAGUGGCGUUGAUAGGGGUCAGUGCUGAACAGAUCAGAGAUGGAAGAAGAGCAAGUGUCGAGCCAGGAGUCCUCCCAAGCCCCAGACGUGAAAAGAGUGCAUUGUAAAUCUGAAACCAAGCGAUACAGCGAGAUCUUCCGAGACUUUGAUAAUCUCGAUUUAUCUUUGGUCUCUUCAACAGCGGAGGAUUACCUGGAGGACAUCGACUCUCUGUCCAUCCCAGAAUCCAUCACCACAGACUGCACAGAGCUCCUGGACCAACAUGACGCGUCUAGUGAAGAUGCGUUUUGUCCUCAGAUACGCUCUGAAGCCGGUGAACCAGAUGGAAACCCGUCAGCCCAGGAAGCCGACCUGGCCCUCUGCCGCUGUGGCGAAGGCGUGGAGACGGCGCUGCAGUACGCCAAAAUGUGGUGCCGCUACGCCAAAGACCUGCUGGCCUGGAUGGAGAAGAGAAUCAGCUUGGAACAAGAAUUUGCAAAAAAUGUGAUAAAGACAGCCGAGGGAGCGAAAGCCAACGUGACACAGCAGGAAAUGAUGCCUCUGCAGUACAUCUACACCAUGGCGCUGGAGCAAGACGUCAAGAACAGCGUGUCCUCGAGGAAAACCUCCGACCUGCUGCACAACCGCUGUUACCAGGCCAUGGCUGCCAAGAAGAAUGAGAUCGACAAGUGGCGCCGAGAGUUUAAGGAGCAGUGGGCCAGAGAACAGAGGAGGAUGAACGACGCAGUGACAGCUUUUAAAAAGGCUCGGCAGCUCUACUUCCAACGCUGCGAUGAGCUGGAAAAGGCUAAAGCUGUCACUGCUAAAGCUUUGGACGACACCGCUGGAUUCAAAACCCUGGACAAGAGGAGGAAGUCCAAAGAUGACGCCAAGGCCAAGGUGCUGGAGGCAGAGGCUCUGUACAGACAGUGUGUGAGCGACGCCAAGAUCCACCAGGAGGAGCUAGUGAGGGUCAAAGAGAAAAUUAUAUCUCACAUGCGCAAACUCAUCUGUCAGGGAGACAACGUGCUGAAGGAGGCCACCGUCAACAUGUUUUAUUACCAGCGUCAGCAGACGGAGGCCGUUCCCCUCGGCUACCACAACCUGGAGGUGACCUGCCGCGCCCUGGAGCCCGGCGAGCCGUACCUGCUCUACGUCCUCAGCAAGCGUCGCCCGGAGCAACCGCUCCAAGUCUUCUCCUUCCAGGAGUACGUCCCCCAGUGCAAAGGGAACAAACGAAAAACCAGCUCUCAGCAGGACUCCUCUCAGAUGACGGAUGAUAGUCCUAGAAGAGCCAGCGAUGGCAGGAAAGCAGGGCACAGCGACAGUGAGAGUUUCGGCGGCAGCUUAGAAUCUCUCUCCAGCCCUGCUCACAGUAACAGGAGGUUACCUAAAGUGCCAUCCACUUUGACUUUGUCCUCGGACGACCUGGAUGAGCGCGAUGUGCCACCAGAAUCAGAGUGCCUUGAUGGUCAGCCGUUCAGAGUGCGCGUGCCCUCCCGAGCUGCACUGACUCACCGACUCAGGAAGAUGAAGAGCAAGAUGGUGAAAUGCAAACAGUGUGACACCUACAUUGUUGUCAAUGGGGUCGAUUGUGAGGAGUGCGGCGUGGCUCUGCACAGGAAGUGCAUGGAGGUGUGUCAGCUGGAGUGCGAGAACAGGAGAGGCACGGUGUUCGGCGUGGACCUGUCUCUGCUGCCGCGGGACCGGCCGGACCAGGUGCCCUUCGUGGUGCUGCGCUGCACGUCUGAGAUCGAGAGCCGGGCUCUCUCCGUCCAGGGGGUGUAUCGGGUGAGUGGGUCCAAGCCUCGAGUCCAGAAGCUCUGCCAGGCCUUCGAGACGCACAAGGAGCAGGUGGACCUCUCCGACAUCUCACCGCACGACAUCACAUCCAUCCUCAAGCACUUCCUGAAGGAGCUCCCGGAGCCGUUAAUCACCUUUGACCUGUACAACGACUUCAUCACUCUGGGGAAGAGCAUUCUGCAGCUGGGUGAACGGGAGCCGAAGCCACACACUAAUGAGAUCAUGGACGUCAGCAACAACCUGCAGAAGCUUCUACAGAAACUUCCUCUACACUGCUACAGCGUCUUGCAGCAUUUGAUGUCUCACCUACAAAGAGUCUCAGAGUGCUGCGAGAACAAGAUGUCCCCCUGCAAUCUGGGUAUCGUGUUUGGACCGACGCUGAUGCGCCCUCUAGUGUCCACGGACAUGUCAAUGGUUGCUCUGCUGGAGACCAGCUACCAGGCUGCGCUUGUGGAGUUCCUCAUCACGCACCAUGACACGUUCUUUGGCCUUCAGCGGAGACCCGGGACUCCGCCUCCACCAGUCCCCACUGCUCCUCUCCCAGUGACCCCACCCAGGGCCUCCGGCCCCCGGGAUGGGGACGUUUACACCGGCCCUGCACAUGAGAACUCCUCCAGAGAGCGCCCACGCUCACUAGACAGUCGAACAAUCAAGAGAGAGUCAAGCGAGGGUUAUAUAUCUGACAAGUCUUCGUCCAAUGAGGCAGUGGACCAGCUCAGCCCUGAAGCCAAUGAGAGCGCAGUCCUGGCUAUGAGAGGGGGGUCUGCAGAUCAUCAGGGUGGGCCGGUGGGAGUACCAGACUCUGAUUUGGAGACACAACCACGCUAUCGCUUCACGAGACAGCCUGUGAAGUAUCACCGGCACCAGAACCCAGGAAUCCGGCUCUCCAGCCCAGGUGGUGCAGCCAGACAGCCGGCAGAACCAGUGAAGGGAAACCCAGGGAGCGCCGACAGCAGCCGCAGCUCCUCUCCAGAGCCCGCGGCACCGAGACCCCCCCCGAGGUUAGACAUCCACUUUGAGAACACUCACCAGCCCCUCCACACCGGCACUGAGAGUAAAAUGGAUGUUCCACUGAGCCCCCGGGAGGUCGUGCAGUACAUGUUGGGACUGGAUUCAACAUUUGCAUCACCGGGUGCAGCAGCGGGGGGGGCCUGUCAGGAGGAGGCAGCAGCCGGGGGUCAAGCUGCUCUGAACCCGAAUCUGACCAAGAACAGAUCGAGCCCUGGACAGAGUCAGGCUCUCUGUCACCCACCGAAGACUUUUCCUACCGGGCACAACCCGUCCGCCCCGGCCCAGAAGAUCCUGUCGGGUCUGAAGCUGAGACGCUGCCACUCGGGGAAAGACGAGCAGCUCUUUGUCUGAGGAGAGACGGAAAUACACAAUUGACUGUGGGAUACUUUCACAUGCACAGUGGAGAUCCUUGAUACCAAUGCUAUUGUGUGUAAUCAGCAUGUAUGCAUUUAUUAAGAAUAAACUGCUCCUACAUUUUA